GAGCUAUUAAAGGACAAAGACCUUUUACAAAAAUAUGGUUCUGAGAAGUUUGACAUAACUCCACCAGAGAAGAAGAAGAAGAGAGAGAAGAAAGAAAAGAAAGUAGAAGAAGAGAAGAAAGAACCAGAGCCAGUUCCAGAGAAAAAGAAAUUUGACAUGUAA